CACCCUAAAGCUACAGUACGCGCGCCCGAGAGAAGGGACGGAGAGGGUGGCCGAGCUAAUAAGCGGUCGAUCUGUGAACUGGUGAUUGACAGUCGAGAGAUUUGUAGAGAGAGACUAUUUAGGCGCACCGAGCAAGCAUAUGAUCAGACAUCGCUCUGCUGGCUGCGGAAAAUAAAAGGAGACUUAGAGAGAGAGAAAAGAAAGAGAGGAGGAGGAGGAGAUGGGUCGGGGGAAGGUGGAGAUGAGGCGGAUCGAGAACAAGAUAAGCCGGCAGGUGACGUUCGCCAAGCGCCGGAAUGGGCUGCUCAAGAAGGCCUACGAGCUCUCGCUGCUCUGCGACGCCGAGGUCGCCCUCAUCAUCUUCUCCGGCCGCGGCCGCCUCUUCGAGUUCUCAAGCUCCUCAUGCAUGUACAGAACACUUGAGAGAUACCGUACCUGCAACUCCAACUCACAGGAAGCAACACCUCCGCUAGAAAAUGAAAUUAAUUACCAGGAAUAUUUGAAGCUCAAGACCAGAGUUGAAUUUCUUCAAAGUUCACAAAGAAAUAUUCUCGGUGAGGAUCUGGGCCCACUUAGCAUGAAGGAGCUUGACCAGAUAGAGAACCAAAUAGAUGCAUCCCUCAAGCAUAUCAGGUCAAAAAAGAAUCAAGUAUUACUCGAUCAGCUAUUUGAACUGAAAAGUAAGGAGCAAGAAUUGCAGGAUGAAAACAAUGACUUGAGGAAGAAGUUGCAAGAUACCACCAGUUGCUGCGGAGACAAUGCGGUCCAUAUGUCCUGGCAAGACGGAGGGCAGUGUAGCUCCAGAGUACUACACCCGGAGCAUGAUACCUCCAUGCAAAUUGGGCCUACAUGGACCAGCUGAACAAACAGAGAUCACGUGGCUUCUGAGCGCCCUGGUGGAGGAUCGUCUGCAGGUUGGAUAUGAUUAACUGAUGUGGCGCUGCGUCAUGUGUACUGUAGCUAAUGUAUUUGUACUUCGGUGACAAUUGUUAUAUUUUUUUUGUGUACUGGAGUUGUGGUGAUGAGCACCACAUGUAUCUACUGAAAUUACGUGUGUGCUAAGCUGCGUGGUACGCAGAAGGCCCAAAAGUUUGACAGCUUGUGCGGUGUGCUGAGGUCGCUAUUGUUGUUUGGACCCUAAUAGCUUAUAGCUGGCUAUCGAUCCUUCAGGACUUUAAGGAGCGAUCACCUUUAAUGUAAAAGAGCCGAUUUUGUUUCCA